CGAUGCAACGAAUAUCAAAACUAUUUCAACCAGCCCUAAUAAUACCCAAAAAUGCUACCAUCAAAUCGCAAGAGAUUACAUCCAAAAGUCAAAGGCUUAUGCUCGAGCAAGGGCUUAUCAGACAGGCAGGGAAUGGAACGUUCCAUCUACUGCCACUUCUACAGCGCUCCCUACAGAAAGCAAUCAAUCUAAUAGACCGACACAUGGAAGCGAUCGGAGCACAGAAGUUAACACUUCCACUACUUACAUCGGCAGAACUGUGGAAGAGAAGUGGCCGGCUAGGUUCGAGCAAUGGUGGAACGCCGACCGAACUGCUGCAAACUACCGAUCGACACGGAAAGGUGCAAAUAUUGGGACCGACACAUGAAGAAUCAAUUACCUCGCUGAUAGCAGCCAUUGCACCGGUUACCUAUCGGCAGUUUCCACUCCGGCUGUACCAAAUAUCGACCAAGUUCCGGGACGAAAUGAAACCCCGGUUUGGGUUGAUGCGUGCGAAAGAGUUCCUCAUGAAGGAUCUCUACACGUUCGACGUUGAUCGUGCCCAUUGUCAGGAAACGUACGAAGAGGUAAAUCAAGCGUACGAUAAACUGUUUACCGAGAUAGGAAUCCCAUUCGUAAAGGUAGCGGGAGACUGUGGUACGAUGGGUGGAUCGGUUUCGCACGAGUAUCAUUUCCCUAGCGAAUUGGGUGAAGAUCAGUUAAUCCACUGCACCCGUUGUGGUAUGCAUUCUAACGCCGAACUGUUCGGCACAAUAAGGGAGCGGUGUAAAAAUUGUACCGGCAAAGAGGAAGCUCUCGAACGGCAAGCAGGCAUUGAGGUGGGGCAUGCUUUCAUCCUCGAGGAUCGAUACACGAAGGCACUCGGUGCGACAUGUCUGAAGCCAAAUGGGAAACCUUCCCCCCUGCAAAUGGGAUGUUACGGUAUCGGUGUGACACGAUUAAUAGCCGCCUCGAUAGAGGUGCUUUCAACCGAAAAAGAAAUCCGAUGGCCGAUUGUCUUGGCACCAUACCGUGUUUGUAUCAUUACACCAAAGGCAGGCAGUAAGCAAGAGCCGGAAGCAUCGCCGUUGGUUGACAAGCUGUACAACGAUUUGCAAAAGCUGAACAACUGUGCAGGGGAAGUGAUUGUAGACGAUCGGUCCCAGUUUACCAUUGGCAAGCGGUUGCUGGAUGCUCGUAAAAUGGGUUAUCCCGUCGUCGUGAUAGUGGGCUCGAAAGUCAUCAGUGAAGGAAUUUUUGAGCUGCAUGACUUAACAAUGGACAAUGAAUUAAAUCUAUCGUACAAUGAUACUUUGACCACUAUAGGCACUAUCCUAUCUCCUACAGAACAACAGCAACUCUCGCAAGGCACCAAAGUUGCCCAAGAACUGUGA